GUUUUUUCGAUACGCAUAAGCGGUUUGUUGUAAGAUGCAAUUUUCCUAAAAGUGUUAUGUUUGCACAUUCUUAUCAAUCUGGAUAUUAUAUCAUUCAGAUUAAUUAAAACAUUUUUGAGUUCUAAGUGCAAUAUUAUGCCAUAACGAAUCUAGAAAUUUUUAGUAAUCGCGAUUUUAUAUUUAGUAACCGGUCUUAUCAGUCUUGUUAUACUGAUUAAUCUUUAAAAAAUGCUUAAUUUAUCUAAGUUCGUUUUUAUUUUUAACGUUAUAGCCUUUGGUAUUUGCACUAUACUACGUGGAGUACCUAUACACAGACUGCCUUUGUAUGAUCCAUCAAAGGAUUUUCACUGUUUUGAUGGAAGUAUAUCCAUCCCAUUUACUCAUGUAAAUGAUGACUUUUGUGAUUGUAUUGAUGGAUCUGAUGAGCCUGGUACAUCUGCCUGUCCAAAUGGAACAUUUCAUUGUGAAAACAAAGGUUAUGUUCCUGAAUAUAUUCCAUCAUCGCGUGUGAAUGAUGGGUAUUGUGAUUGCUGUGAUGCUUCAGAUGAAUAUUUAACAAAUAAAUGUGGUGAUAUUUGUGAUAUAUUAGGACUGGAAGCUAGACGUGCAGCAGAAAGGUAUGCACAGAUGCUUAGUCAUGGUAGCAAUAUGAGACUUCUGAUGAUAGCUGCUGGAAAACGAAUAGUUCAAGAGAAACAGGAAAGACUUGGAACAUUAGAAAAUGAAAAGGGUGAAGCAAUAAAAGUAAAAGAUGAAAAGGAAGCCCUGAAAAAAGCUGCAGAAGAGCAAGAAUCUGUUGCUGUUGGUGCUUUCAAUGCCAAAGAAGAGGAAAUCAGGGCUUUAAAAGCUCAAGAAGAAAAAGAAAAAGAGGAAAAGGAAGUGAGGUCUCUUUUUGACAACUUUGAUUCAGAUAAAGACGGAAGGUUGCAGAUAGGAGAAAUUCGUACACGUGUACUCUUUGAUCAGAAUAAAGAUGGUGAUGUGUCAGAUGAUGAAGUGAAGUUUUUCUUUGAUACCUUUGAAGAGAUUAAUCAGGAUGACUUUCUUGAAAUUGUUUGGCCGAAAUUAAAACCUAUCUAUUUAUUAGAUAAGGUUAAAUUCAUACCACCUCAGCAAGAAGAGCAUAAAGGAAAUGAUAAUACCCUUGAAGACGAUGAGACAGCUUCAAUUGAAAAGCACGAUGAUUUGGAUGCAGAUAAUUCUGAUGAACAUGAUGUAGGUGAAGAGGAAGAAGAAGAAGAGCUAAGUCAUGAUGACUUCAAAAGUAAUACAGGGAAUGCACAACCUCAGUAUGAUGAAGCUACUGCAAAAAUUGUUGAAGAUGCAAAUUUGGCUCGUUCUGAGUGUGAUAAAGCCUUACGGAUAUAUCAAGAUAUUGAACGAGAAAUCACACAACUGAAAGAAUCACUUUCCAAGGAUUAUGGUUCAGAAGAUGAAUUUGCUCCUCUUGAUGGCCAGUGCUUCAGUUUAACUGAUCGUGAUUAUAUUUAUAAAAUAUGUCCAUUUGAUCAAGUUACACAGGCUGCUAAAUCUGGAAGCUCUGAAACUAGGUUAGGAACGUGGGCUGGAUGGUUAGAUCAAGAUUAUACUGUGAUGUUAUACGACAAAGGACAGAGUUGUUGGAAUGGUCCUCAACGUUCAGCUAAGGUUAAUAUUACAUGUGGCUUAGAAAAUGAAGUUUUGAGUGCACAUGAACCUAACAAGUGUGAGUAUGUGUUGGAAUUCCAAACUCCAGCUGCCUGUCGAAUACCUGGUAGCAGUGGUGAACUCCAUGAUGAGCUGUAAUGCCGAUGAUUUAAUUUAAGACACGAGGAAAGAAAAUAAAUAGUCAUAAUGUAUUUUGUGAUGUAUUAGUUUACUUUUGGAUGAGGGUUUGUAUGUGGUUUUCUGUUUAUAUAGAGUAAGUAAGUAAUUUUUAAAUUCACGAAUAGUUUAUUUGUUAAUAAAAACUGUAUGUUAAUAGAAUAUUCAAUAAUUCUGAGCUAAAAUUAAUUCUUGUGAGUUUGAAUUAAUUAUUGCUGUCACUUGUACCUAUGAUGCUGUGAAUAUUUUUAUUUUUGAUAAAAAGUCAAUAAUUUCUGUUCAGUGAUACAUUUAAUAGCUCCAUAAACAGCAGGGUCAAAUUUUUUUUUGAUCCCAUAACAAUUCUAUUUUACUCUGUAUAUUAGUACGUAGUUUGUUCUUUGUGAAAGCUUCUCAUUGCUCAUGUUAUAUGAUGUUUUCCUAAUUUCUAAAAGUUUCAAUGAAAUGGCUGUUAUUUUACAUAUUGCAAACUAAGAACAUGUUUCUAUUUAUAUUUCUAGUUUACUGUUGAACAGUGUAUGCAGAUGGUAAAAUAUUCUUUUAACACAAAUCUUAAGACUGUUCUAUAUUCGUAACAAAACAUUAUUAUUAUUAUUAGGUAAGGCCAGGUUUGUCUGUUAUAAUUUUGACCCAUUGGGAUAUGAUCAUAAACAUUAUGUUACUAUCCUAUUAAUUAAUAUGUUUUAUAAUGGAUAAGAAAUAUUAUAAUUGUAUUAGAGUUAAGAAUUAUUUUGUGAAAAUUAACAUUCCAAACAGGGUUAUGAUCAAUAGUGUCCUAUGCCUGUGUGCUUAUGUUUAGUUAAAUUAUAUAUAUCUCCAUCUCCAAAAUUUUUUUUUUAAAUAAUUAAAAUUGUUCAUAUAAUGUAAAUGAAAUUUGUUUUCUAACAAAUUAAUUUAUUUAUGGGAAAUGUUUUUUAUUUGAUCAUUAGAAAGUCCUAAAUCAUCUUAAAUCCUUUGCACCUUCAGUCCUGGCGCCUUAAUGCAUUACUGGCAUUGCACACUAUACCAAUGAGCCCUUUAUUCCAAUAGAAUUUAUGACAAGGCUUUUUUUAUUUUAUUUUUUCUAUCUUUCUAAAUGUUAUUUAUCUUACUUGUUUAUUACUAAGUUUCUUCUAGUCUUUUCUUCAUCCUAUCUUAAUUUAUUUUGUUCCAUGAAAACACAUUUUUUAUGUAUUAGCACUUAUGUGAUUAAUUGGUUUAUACAAAAAGAAAAACAAUAUGCACAACUUUUACCAUCCCAUGGUGUAGAAAUGUCCUAUAUUAAUUGUUAAUUCACAUAUUUUCUACUCUAAAAGUAGGAUAAGUAACAUUUUAAGAUAUUGCUUACUAUGUUGUCAAUUUAAGUUUAAAUAUAAUUUGAACUGUUUUAUAAGU